AUGUCGUACAAUUUUCAAUCUUCAUUCGACGAUUACGAUAUUGAUACUGAAGCAUCGUCAUCAUCAUCAUCAUCAUUAUCCGCCUUAUCACCAGAGUAUGCUAUGCCUGAUGAGAUAUCUGUGCGGACGAAGAAUAUUCAUAGCACAAAGAGCAAGAAUUCCAACCCGAGUUCGAUAGUGGUUGACUAUGGUCCGAUUCGUGUUUUUCACCGACGGUUUACGGCGCAAACUUUGUUAACUGGCCGGCGAUCGAAAGAUGAACCACUCGACGGCGAAGAAGCAGCUAAGCGCGAAGCUCGCCGUAUCAAAAAUCGUAUCGCCUCUCGAGAAUUGAAAAAAACGCGUGACGCUAUCGAAAUGGAUCUUGUUGAAAAACUAAAAGAACUUGAAGCAGAAAAAGAUCGACUACAAACACAACACAAAGAACUCGAAGCGCGAAAAGCUCAACUCAACCGAGCGGUUUACAAUGCCAAACAAGCACCAUUGAUUCCGCUAAUAACAGAUCUGAACUUUUCUACAUUUCUUCAAGCGGAAGAACAAGAAAUCUUACUCGAGCAUGUCUAUUCCCUAUUGGAAAAUACUUGCCAAGAACCUUGUAUGUCUGAUUAA